CAAAACUUCUGACUUUGGUUUAUUUAGGAAGUUCUAAGUAUUUAGCUCAGCUUUUGCCUGAGCUAGGUGACCUUUUUGGAUUGACCCUUCCAAUUGGUUGUGCCUUUGGCCAGACAAAUACAUAUCCUAAACUUUCUCUAGAGGACAAAAGGAAGAAAAAAAAUUACUGACUCGAAGUACUGCUCAGUUAAGUAAAUCUAUUUUUUUAAAAAAUAUGUUUAUUCUAAGCUUUUUCUUUUUUUAAUUUUAGAAUUAUCCAGCAUGUCUUCACUAACAGAAAAGGACAGACCUAUUGUUCAGCUGUUACUGAACACUGGAACUUGCCCGCGAUGUAUUUUCAGGUUCUGCUGUGUGGGAUCACAGACACCUUAUAAACGUCCAUGCAAGGAUUUGAUAAAAGAAUUGAAAGAAUUUCUGAAAAAUAAUCAAGAAAAAGAGGAUACAGUUGGUUUUGAAGCUCAUCCACCCUGUAAGAGAAUCAGACUUGAAAACGCAGAAGAGAGGCCUGAUGAUCUGAACCAGAAUGGAGUGCUCAGGCAGAUUCCUUUGGUUAGUGAAGAAAAUACUGCUUUGGAGAGCUCAUCUAUAAAGGUUUGCAAUGUGUGUUUGGGAAUUCUUCAGGAGUUCUGUGAGAUGGACUUUGUUAAAAAGGUGUGCCAAAAGGUUAAAUCUGCUGACUACCAGUUUACCAGUUUUGUAUUUUCUGUAUCCCUACCCCCACAGCUGUCUGUCAGAGAGUGCGCUGCUUGGCUGCUGGUAAAACAGGAAAUGGGAGCCGUAGCCUGUCCGGAUUGUUUCAAACCAGCGAAGAACAAGCAGUCUGUUUUCACUAGAAUGGCAGUUAUAAAAGCCCUGGAGAAGAUAAAAGAAGAGGAUUUUUGCAAGCAUUUUCCAUGUCCCCCAAAUUCACCAAAGAACAACUGUGUUGCUCUGGACAUUCAGUGCAAUAAUGGUGCAGUUUUUGUGGCUGGAAGAUACAAUAAAUAUUCAAGGAAUUUACCACAGACUCCCUGGAUUAUUGAUGGGGAGCGGAAGCUGGAAUCCUCAGUAGAAGAAUUGAUUUCAGAACACCUAAUGGCAGAAUUCAAAGCAGAUAGCUUUAAUUUUUCUUCUUCUGGAAGAGAAGAUGUGGAUGUAAGAACACUAGGCAAUGGAAGGCCCUUUGCAAUUGAGCUUGUGAAUCCUCGUAGAAUACGUUUUACUGCUGAGGAAAUGAAGGGACUUCAGCAGACAAUUAAUAAUUCUUCAGACAAAAUACAAGUUCGAGAUUUACAGCUUGUCACCAGAGAGGCAAUUGGACAUAUGAAGGAAGGUGAAGAGGAAAAGACAAAGACGUAUAGUGCCUUAGUAUGGACAGAUAAAGCCAUACAGAAAGAAGAUGUUGCUUUCCUAGAUGAUCUCAAGGAGUUAAAACUUGAACAGAAAACACCUCUCCGGGUUCUUCACAGAAGGCCUCUGGCUGUAAGGCAUCGAAUCAUUCACACUAUGAAAUCUGAGUACAUAGAUGAGCAUCAUUUUCGCCUGCAUCUGAAAACUCAAGCAGGAACCUACAUUAAAGAAUUUGUGCAUGGAGAUUUUGGAAGAACAAAGCCAAAUAUUGGCUCAUUAUUGAACCGAACUGCUGACAUUCUGGAGUUGGAUGUAGAAUCUGUUGAUGUUGACUGGCCUCCAACUCUGGAUAAUUAGCUUUUCAAGUUGGGACAAGGAAAAGCAGCUCCCCUGUCAGCAGCUGGUUACUGAUUGGACAUUGUACAGUAUCAUAGCCUGGUUGUUCAUUGCAAAGUCUUUUUGUUGAACAUUUGAACUGACUUUCAAGGCUCUGGAACAGGUAGUGUGUGUUCAUUUAAUCUCUAGCCUUAUUUUAGUUUCUGUUUUUCAUUUUAAAAAAAUAGUAAGCUAAUGUACUGAUAAUAAGUCUUUUAGAAACAAUUGGGAGAAACACAAAUAGUGUAACAUGCAAACAAGGUGCUGAGCAAGGCACAGCAAAUAUGCUUUCUGCAAUAUGCUUGAAAAUGUUUAAAUUAAAAGUAACCUUCCUUCAGACUUUUUUUUUUUUUUUUUUUUUUAAGUAUUUUUAUAUUGGGUGUUGCGGCUUUCUUGUCUAGGUAAAGGUACUGAAUUGUCUGAAACACAGUCCUAACUUUUUUUGAGCACUGUUCACGUGUGACUGUUAGAAACUCCCAAAAGUCAGGCAGACUCUGAACACAGUGGUAUAGUUACUGACGUGAGGCGACAUUCUGCUGUGUGCUGACUGGUGCUUGGUCAAUGUCUGUUUUAGAGAGGCGCAGAUUUGUCCCCCAAAGUAAUUGUCAAGGAAAAACAGUUUUCAGAUGAAAACUUUGCACUGAAAACAGAGGGGUUUUUCCUCAUUUAAAAAUGUUAUACUUCCUAGGAACUACAGUUGAGGUACUUCAGGCCUGUAGUCUAAUGGCUUUCCUCUUCGUGCAUAGGAUUUCCCCACUGUUGAGUCACCAAAUAUAAAAAGAUUGGGUAUUCCUGGCAAUGGUACAUGAUGGAAAUCCAGAGAAUAGGGAUACAGAGAACCCAAAAGUGCAAGUAAAUAUAAAAUGUAAUAUAAAAUACUGGUAUUAAGAGAUGAAGAAAGAGGUAAAAAGCUUUUGUUUGUAGCAUGGUGGUAGCAUAAAAAACUCUUUUCUAAUAUCUAAGGUUUGGAUGGAUGCCUGGACUAGUUGAACUUUGCCUAGAGAACUUGCCUGCUAUGAGGAAGACCUGAGUUUCUUUCCUCGCUCCUGUGAAUAUUUGAAAUGUUUUAUACAGAGCAGGGCAGUCUCCAAGGGAGAGCUCAAAAGCCCCAGCCCAGGGCCCUUCAGGACGUGCUGAUCCCUGGCCACCAGGGCAAAGCGCCCAUCGCCUCAGGAAGGAAAGAACUCGGCCGGGUGCCCGAAAUGCUAGCUGAGGAGGUGGAAGGGAGCCGGUCUCUUCGUGCGCGGUGUGUGUUCACCUGCACAGCUGUCGCACGGAGGAGCCCGCAUCUCUCUCACUCACUCCUCUAGCAGGACUGCAAGGAUGCAAGACUGCAUGUGGCCCACUUAUUGGCCAGCCCCCCACAUACGGCUUCAGGAAAGGCCUCUUGUAUGCCUGUAUCCCGUUGCAAAGCCAAAUAAGGAAUUAAAGCGUAUCUACCGUAUUUGAUAAAAACAGGAAUAAAGUAACAAAAUACAAUCCAUUGAAAAGGGCUAGUGCACAAGUGCAUUAGGAAGGUGCUUCUGCUCACCUGAAGUACAGAAAAGAGUCCCCAAGAAAUCAAGGUUUGGAAUUUAAGGGCUUUUCUUAAUGAACAGUUCAGAAAUAAUAAAGGUAAUACGUUCCAAGACAAAACACUGUUUGGGUCAGGAAGGAUCACUGGGUUGCAUUACUUCCAAUUCGUUGGUGCAGGGGCUUCCUAAUAGAAGAGCUGCACAACUUCAGCUGAAGGCUCAGAUUUUAAAGGAGCUCAUAAAAAAGUCAGGAGAAAUUAGACUAAAUAUUACACACACUGCCUCUGACAGGCUCUCAAAACUUCUCUCACUGCUUGUUUGCCUAGUCCCUUUUGAUGUAGGUAUGGCUGUAGUUCAGAAGCUCCUAUUUUUCUAACACAAAAAUAAAUAAUAGGAACAUUGACAGCAACAUUUUUUGGUUUUAAUCUUAAAGCUGCUAUGAGCAAGAGAUUCCAGUAGUAACUGCCUCAGAUAAUAAUCUGUGUAAGUAGCUACAAACACCUAGAAAGGAAGUGUUGUGAAUGAUGGAAAACUUAAGAAACUGAAUACAGAAAACAAACAAAAGAGAAUUUCAGUCUCAUAUCUAUGGGAUUUCUUGACUGAAACUCAAGAGUGAAUUAGAAUAUAUGAUUGAUAAAUUCCAUAAACUACAGGGGAAAAAAUAUAAGCAAGACAGCAAUAUGGAUGUGACAAACAUUAGAAGAGCCAUCCCCAAAGUGAAAUAAUGCUAGCGAGGCAGAAGCAGAAAGGGGGCUGCUACUCAUGUUGUGAUGGAAAAACACUCUAGGAGCUCUUAUUUUCAGCUCUUUCUUUAAUAUGCUGUAUGGGGUGAUGACAGUGAAGACCAAUUUAAGAAUCAGCGUGCAGAAAAAUGAAGCUAUAAAAGUUUAGUCAAAGUGUGCGGAGUCUAAGCUCAUCUUCAUGCAAUGUGGAGAGCUCUAUCAAUCAGAAAUGUCUAAAUCAUGCAUUUUCUGUGAUUAAAUUUGAAGCAUCCUAAUGUGGAGGGAGGAAAAAAAAAACCCUGAUACUGCAAAUGCCUGCCUGUACAGCUGUUUACAAGUUCAUUUAUGCUUCAAUAAUCAUGAAAAUAUGAAAAUUAGAGAUAGAAUCUCUUUCAACUUUGUUUAAAGUCUGCAGUUUUAAUAAAGGAAGAUAAAUACUUUGACCUGUCAUAAUCUGUAAUGAGUGAGUAUUGCAACAGCAGUACUAAUAAUGUACUUUAAAGAUAAGGGCCAAAGUAAAAUACCUGAUUGUAAAUACACAGUGAAUUACAUAGGAUGUUUUGUAAGAAACACUAGCAAGAGCAGGAUUUAAUCUUGUUUUUGAGGAGAAUGUAUGAAAGAGGUAGACAUCUUUUAGCAUGUUAUGUGGAAAAUGCUGAAAAAUAAGGUCUGAGCCGUGUUUCUUAGUAUCAUUCUUCUUCAGUUAUCCUGCCACAUCAGGAAAAAAUUGGUAAGUGAAGAUGAAUCCUUCUGUACACAGUGUUACAGGCUGUGUAGUGAUCAACAGUAAUUGUGUGCAGAAUAAAAUACCUUAGAAAGCCCCAAGAUGAUAAACCAAACCCAGCCUCUCUGAUUUCUGUGGCUUUUUAAAGGGGAGAGAUGUCAUUUUUAAAUUUGAGGAGGUUGCAGAAGCUGAGUAUUUAUGACCAGUUUUUUAAUUACCAAAGCAACUUGCUUACAAAGGAAAACAGAAUGUUGAAAAUAUUUAAUUAUGCAACAAAAACAAAUCAUAUUGUAAAGAGCUUUCUAUAAAAUGAGUAAAAUGUUUACAGUUAAUAAAAUUGAGAACUUCAAAAAAAAGAACUGAAUAAACAACACAUUCUAA